AUGCCGGUGGUUGCCGCCGAUAGCGAUUUACCCAAGUUGCUCAACACGCCCUCGAAACAAGUCAAAUGGGCAAAGAAACUAGUCGCCGAGCACCUGAAAAGCGCUGCCAAGCGCAUUGACAAGCCCCCCAUGCAAGGAAUGUUCAGCAGGACCCUGUUCGUUACCCUCGCUGACGGUCGUGAGGUGGUGGUGCAGUUUCGCACCGAACCGCUUGAUAUGGACGCGUUCAAGAUCGCUAAGGCGUCGCUAGGCUCCAUUGUACCGGAUAUUGAAGCUCUUGACAAUGAAGAGUUGGAGAGGGCGCAGGCCUGGGCUUACUGCCUCACCCUCAUGCCCGGUAAGAUGUGGCUGCAUGGAGUCGCCGGGAAGGGGGCUGAAGGACGUAUUGCCGUCAACAAGUCAUUAGGCCGCGUCUUUUCAAAGGGCUUUCUCGCCAACAAUAGCUGUGAAGCUGUUGAAACCAAGCUCCGACCGCACCUGCAGGCAAUCUUGGCGUCACCGUUGGAAGAUAUCCUUCCCUAUAAAGCGACAGUUGAGAGCUUUGUCAAGAGGCUUGAUGAGUUUGCCCAGCUCCCGCUGUGGGUUGCUCAUUACGAUCUUAACGAAGUGAACGUGCUCAUCGACGAGAAAUGCGACGUCACCGCCUUGACUGACUGGGAACUAUCCACCCCGCUGCCCUUCGGGGCCGGCUUCGGCCGUAUCCACACCAUUGCCGGCGAAUUCACCCAAGGCGAGUUCUGGAUGCCGGAUGAAUUCGAGGUUGCGGAGCGGGGCUUCUGGACGGAGCUGUUCGACGGAAUGCCGCAACACGUACGAACAACGCUAGAGGGACGCAUUGACUUGGUCCAGGAUGUUGUUAUACUUGCCACGUUGCUAAGCUGCUUUUGCUUUGAGGAUGGGGAGGUCAGUGUUUCCGAGGUUACCUUGAAGGCACUUCCGAAAUUUAUGACCUAUCAAAUCCCUUUUGUCCGAGGGCAGGAGAAACCGUAUAGAGAAUGA